AUGGGGAUUUGUUUGAGUACUCGAAUCAAAGCUGAAAGUGCAACUCAAAUAGGGGGGAAUUCCAAAUAUGUUAGCACAAAUGGGAAUCACACGGGAAACUCUAGUGGUGAUGGGGAUUUUGUAUUAGUAUCAGAGCCACCUACUCCACAGUGUGAAGGUGAGAUGUUGCAAUCGUCUAACUUGAAGAACUUUGAACUUUCUGAUCUCAUGAUGGCCACCCGGAACUUUCGACCUGAUAGUGUGCUAGGAGAAGGCAGAUUUGGUUCCGUCUUCAAAGGUUGGAUUGAUAAAGAUUCGUUUACCGCUGCAAAACCUGGGACUGGCAUGGUUAUCGCUGUAAGAAAGCUUCACCAAGAAAGUUUUCAAGGACACAGGGAGUAUCUAGCAGAAGUGAACUAUUUGGGGAAGUUUUCUCAUCCUCAUCUAGUGAAACUGAUUGGAUAUUGCUUGGAGGAUGAAGAUCGAGUUUUGGUGUAUGAAUUCAUGCCUCGUGGAAGCUUAGAAAACCAUCUGUUUAUGAGGGGCUCUUAUUUCCAACCUCUCUCUUGGAAUCUACGACUUAAGGUUGCUCUCGGAGCUGCAAAGGGACUUGCUUAUCUCCAUGGCGCUGAGACGAAAGUCAUUUAUAGAGACUUUAAAACUUCUAAUAUAUUGCUCGACUCGAACUACAAUGCAAAGCUUUCUGACUUCGGAUUGGCCAAGGUUGGCCAAUCAGGUGAUAAAAGCUGUGUGUUCACUAGGGUAAUGGGGACUUAUGGAUAUGCCGCUCCAGAAUUUCUAGCCACCGGCCAUUUGACGGCAAAGAGUGUGGUGUACAGUUUCGGAGUUGUUCUCCUUGAAAUGCUAUCAGGGCGGAGAGCAAUUGACAAGAAUAGACCAUACAAACAACAAAAGCUGGUUGAAUGGGCCAAACCCCACCUUGCCAAUAAUCGUAAACUCUUCAGUGUAUUAGAUAACCGACUCGAAGGCCAAUACGCAAUGGAUGUGGCUCAUAGAGUGGCUAACCUCGCCCUACAAUGUAUAUCCACGGAACCAAAGUUGAGGCCGACCAUGAAAGAAAUAGUUAAAGAGCUAGAGCAACUUCAGGAUAUCAAAAAUGUAGAGAAUACUUGUAGCAGAACAAGCAAUGGACCUAGACAAUGUAGACAAAGUGCAAAGGAUGCUGGUAAUAAAGACGCGAAUGAUGCUUAUCCGAGGCCCUCUGCUUCUCCACUUCACUCCAAAUAG